AUGAAAUCGAGUGAUUAUGAAAGAAAAAUGAUAACAAUUGGUUCUCAUAGUGGACAAUCCUUUCUUAGGUACUAUUUGAAAUAUAAGAAGAUUGAAAGACCUGAAAGAGUGAUGCUCUACAACAAUGAAGAUUGGUUAGACUAUCCUAGAGAUGUUGUUGACUUGGUUAAGAAUGCUUUUAAAAUAAAAAAGGAAGCUUUGGAAAUAAGGUUAAAUGGGCAUGAUCUUAUGUUAGAUUUUUUACACAUGUGUCAAGUGGACUUGAGCACUAGUUUAAAACAACCCAUAGCAUGGAUUGAUGAGGCAGGGAGUUGCUUUUUCCCUGAAGUCCAUGUUGCUUCUAAUGAAGAAUCUUAUAACUUAUGGGAACCUGAGUUUAUGGAAUUAAGUAUUGAAACCAAAGCGAAUGAGGUUGAUGAAUCCAAGUUGAGACAGUGUAGUAGAGAGUCCAGUGGUGGUGAAUCCAUUCUGCAGAAUCAUGUAGGUUUAGUUCCAUACAAUAAAUUUGUACAAGGAAAAUUGGUAUUGGACUCUGUACAAGAAAUGUUCCUUAAUGGGAUGAAUAGUUUUGGAAAUACUAAUUUUGAGAUAGUGGAGACAUACCACUGCUCAGGUGCAUCAAUGCAAGCACGCUUAGAGCUAUUCCGGGCACAAGCUAAAAUUACAAAAAUAAUCCAUGGGGAUGCUAAUGUUAGAUAUGCUUGGCUUCAUUUUUCUAAAGAAGAACUAUCUACGAUGAUCGAUCAUGGACUUGGGCAUUGUGUACUAUCUACAAACAAAUCCAUAUACGGAGUUGGUGUUCAUCUUUCAGCCGUUUCCUGCCCUUAUGCCAGUGCUCGUUAUUGUCAUAUUGACGAAAAUGGUGUUCGACACUUGGUCCUUUGUCGUGUAAUAAUGGGGAACAUGGAAGUUCUUCAUCCUAGCAUUGACAUCGCCUCUAGUCAAUUUCAACCCAGAAACUUUGAAUAUGAUAAUAGGGUGGAUGACAUUCAAUGUCCAAGAUACUAUUUAGUAUGGAAUAUGAAUAUAAACAGUCACAUAUAUCCAGAAUUUGUUGUUAGUUUCAAGGUCAAUGAGGAGUCUGAAGAACAUUUUUGUGGAACUGUGAGAGAGAAUAAUGAUUCAAGUGCUAAUUCAUUUUGGUCUAUUUCAGCUAGUCAUGUUUCUGGAGACAUGUUACGGUCAGCCUCUUCACAGGAUAAUGGGAUAGCUGAUAAUGGGGUUGCAAGCACCCCAAAAAUUCCAAUAUCUCCUUGGCUUCCUUUUCCUAUGCUUAUUGUUGCUAUCAACGAUAAGGUUCCUGCCAGUGAUAUGAGUUUUAUCAAAUCACAUUAUGAACUUUACAAGAUACCAUCAAAUGACAAAUUGAAAGGUUCCAACCGGAUUGAAGGCUGA